AUAUAUUCUUAGUUGUAAUUUAAGAUUUUAUUUGAUAACAAAUGCAGUCUGAGCUAAACCAGAGCUAAUUAGUUGGUAGGUGGGAACAUCACUUAUCGUAACAUUUGCAGGGAAGUAGUCUCGCCUCUUGUGCCCAAAUACUGGUAGUCACGUGACUGUCAUCGUUCCAGUUUUGCUUCGACAGAUUGGUUAGAGGUUACUAAACGCGGCCGAUCAUGUCAGAUGCAGAGUAAUUAUCAUCGCUAUCUGUCGCUAAUUAACGUCACAGCAACGUGGGCCAAGUUGGAGCGAUUUUAUAUAGAUCAUCGUAGUUAGUUGAAAAAACAAGGAAUCGACGAAUCCGCCAUACAAGUAACAUAUGGUGAAGUUUGUUGUGCCACAAAACUGAGACGGACACCGUUUCAGUGAAUUGACUGUCGUCACAUUAUCUGGCUUUGAUGAAAAUACAUAAUCGGCUGUCCCUGCUACCUAUUGUUUAUCUCUUUCGAUAAUAAUCGCUUGUUAGGCAUACUGUUCGCUUCUUUGCUUGCCAAUUAUAUUCGAAUUAUUUUUAAUGCUUUAUCAAUUACUUUUGACAAGAAACGCCCGACAAUUUGAAGAAAGAUUUAUCAGCUUCCGAAUCUCAUUCGCAAUUGUAAUUUGAUAAGGAAGUAUGAUUCAUUCGUGCCACACGAUGAACACGUCUUGUGGCUUAUCCAUAAUGACGAGAUACAUAGAUUUCAUUAAAUUGUGAUGUGAUACGCAUUGUUGAAUUGGAAAACAGCGAUAUAUCCCAUGUACAGAGACAAGAUAGAAAAAAGAAAGGAGGAAAAGAAGGGAAGAAAUCGCAAAGGAACUCACAUGUACUUGCAAUUUGUAUCUUCGAUAUGACAAUGGAAUUAUUGAGAUGAAAUGGAUUAGUCGGGACAGAUCUCAACGGACCAUGUGCACUAUCGGGAAUAUAAGGUCUUGACAAAACGGGGAUUUAUUUUUUUAACAAACAAUGGCUUGCAAUGUCCUUAUUUGGGUGUUACUAUUAGUGGGAUAUACCAUACAGGUAUUAUUGGCUACAUCAGAAGAUGAUUUAUUAGAAUACAUGAGCAAAGAAGAAAGAGAAGUUUUAAAGGAAGAGGCAAGAGAUAUGUUUUAUCACGCAUAUAACGCAUAUAUGGAUAAUGCGUAUCCUGCCGAUGAAUUAAUGCCAUUAAGCUGCAAGGGACGGUAUAGAGGUUCUGAACCAAAUAGAGGUGAUAUAGAUUCUACAUUAGGAAAUUUUUCACUUACCUUGGUCGAUACACUAGAUACAUUGGUGGUGCUGGGAGAUUUGGAAGAAUUUGAGAAUGCGGUCAGACUUGUUGCUAGAGACAUAAGCUUUGAUACAGAUGUUAUUGUUUCUCUGUUCGAAACAAAUAUUAGAAUGCUUGGAGGUCUCCUUAGCGGUCAUAUAUUAGCUGAAUAUCUACAACAGAGGGCUAAUAUAAUGCUAUGGUACAGGGGAGAACUCUUGGAUUUAGCUAAAGAUUUAGGAUACAGAUUUUUACCUGCAUUUAAUACAACCACUGGAAUACCUUAUGGCAGGAUAAAUUUAAAACAUGGUAUGAAAGGAGUUCCUAUGGAAAUAUCGAGAGAGACAUGCACUGCCUGUGCAGGUAGCAUGAUAUUAGAAAUGGCUGCUUUGUCUCGAAUGACAGGAGAACCAAUUUUUGAGGAAAAAGCACAAAAAGCUAUGGAUGUUUUAUGGCGAAUGAGACAUCGUGGUACCGAUUUAAUGGGAUCAGUGUUAAACGUAAACUCUGGGGACUGGGUACGAAGAGAUUCCGGUGUCGGCGCUGGCAUAGAUUCUUAUUACGAAUAUUGUCUUAAGGCAUAUAUUUUACUCGGCGACGAAAAAUAUUUAGGACGCUUUAAUAAACAUUACCAAGCUAUAAUGAAAUACGUUAGUCAAGGACCUAUGCUGUUGGAUGUGCACAUGCAUAGACCGAAUACUAAUUCGAAAAAUUUCAUGGACGCCUUAUUGGCCUUUUGGCCAGGCUUGCAGGUUUUGAAGGGCGACAUCAAACCUGCUGUGGAAACACAUGAAAUGCUGUAUCAAGUUAUGCAAAGACACAAUUUUAUACCAGAAGCAUUCACCACUGAUUUUCAGGUGCACUGGGGACAUCAUCCAUUAAGACCAGAAUUUUUGGAAUCAACAUAUUUCUUAUAUCGGGCUACAGGUGACCAUUAUUAUUUAGGAGUUGGUCGCAAGGUGCUCAAAAGUUUGCAGACAUACGCACGAGUACCAUGUGGCUACGCAGCUGUGUCAGAUGUUAGAACCAACAAACACGAUGACACAAUGGAUAGUUUUGUACUGUCGGAAACAUUUAAAUAUUUAUUCUUAUUAUUCGCCGAACCUGGAGAAUUGGUUUUAGAUUUGGACGAGUUUAUUUUCACCACCGAAGGCCACCUAUUGCCGCUUACACUCGCUUCCAUAAGAACAAAUGUUUCAUCCCAGGAUUUUGAACGAGACAUUAUGCAGGUAGACGAAUUUGAUCGUACUUGCCCAAAUAGUUUGCACUUAUUUCCUGCUUCGGUUAGGCAACCCUUGAGAAAUAUGGUCGAAGAUGUUUGUCCAAGACGAUCAAUCAGACGCAGAUUGAGCGCGUCGCAAUUUCAGGCGAAUAACAUGGAACAUCUUAGAAUGUUGAAUGAUAUGGGAAUAACAACUUUAACGUUAGCGGAUGGACGAGUUCAGCUUUUGCAUACACUUGCUAAUGCAAAAACAUUGCAAGAUUCGGAAGAAGGUCUAUUAUUUAUGCAAGAAAUGGUCGAAUUAAGUAAAAUGCAAAUGCAACAGGCAGAAACUAAGCCACAAACAGUAAUGUUUAUGAGGCCUCACACCGACCCACCGGAAAGAGUUAUAUUGCUAGCCGGGCCAGCACAGUUUGGACCUGAAUUACAGAGUUUUGAUAAGAUAACCGGCACAGUGAUGUUCACAUAUCCACCUGCUGCUUGUACAGAUUUACUCAACGCAGACAAAUUAGCAGGCAAAAUAGCAAUCACCGAUCGCGGGAAUUGCAUGUUUAUAGAAAAGGCACGAAGGAUUCAACAAGCUGGAGCACUUGCCGGAAUAAUAUUAGAUAACGUUCCGGGCUCGAGUGCUGCAACUUCACCCAUGUUUGCAAUGUCAGGUGAUGGAAAAGAGGUGGACGAUGUUACCAUACCCGUCGUAUUCCUCUUUUUUACGGAAGCAGCUGAGCUGAUGAAAGCCAUUAACGCAGCGGAUGGCGAUCUUAGUGUCACACUUGGGAUAUAUUCUUCAAAAGAAGAAGUUCAACUUAAAGCACCUACCGACUUGUCAUUAUUUGAACGCCUAAAAGGAUCAUUAAAAUCAUUCCUGAAUCGACAUGUAAGUCCACAGCACAUGGAAAUUUUAUGUACACAGGCGAUAACUACUGGAUCCAGUUCAGAUAUCACAAUUCCCAUAAUUGAAUCAGAAGAGGAUCAGGAGGAUACGAUCGAUUUUCAUUAUUUUCACGCAGAUAUUAUAAGAGAUUCGCUCGGUGGUGAAAUAAGAAUCACCGUCGCGUCCGAAGCUGCAAUUAUUGUCGUAAAACCAGUUUCUACAUCAGUGGAGAUACUGUGGCAUCAGUUAAAAGAAGUAUUCAUCAAGCAGAUAUUUCUCAACAGCAAGCAAAAUAAAGGUAUAAGAAUCAGAAAUUUCAUUUUAGAGAGCUAUUAUAAUUGGAUAAACAAAGCGCGUGGCGUGCUCACUAAAACGUCAUUAGCUUACAAAGUCCGAUGGUUCUUGGGUGAACUAUUAAUGGUUGCGCCCAAUUCAUCAAUUAGAAAAAUAGGGCAGUUGCUAGAAGCAAACAAGCAAAAAUUGUUGAAACAAUAUUUGCUCACCAAUAUGGAUAGCAUGAUGCUGAAUUUAAAGACGAUAGCUACAAAAUUGAAAAAUAUGAAAUCAGUGAGACCUGAGAUGCAGCACUUGCUCAAAAUAUUGGAAUCUGGUAUCAUGCAAAUUGAGAAUUAUUCGUUCUUACGUCACUUAUUGAUAAAUUUAUUCGAUGAAGAAGAUGAGAUUAUUAAAAGACAUAUUGCUCUUCUGGACCGCGUUCACGCAAAAGUGCAUACCACAUAUCAGGAAAUAUUAAUUGAUGGAGUGCAAAGGCAUUUAGAGAAGUUAGGAGAGGAAGACGGUUCGUAUUACGACAUAUUAAUAACUGAUUUGCAAAGCAAUUUGAAAAACACAGAUAAAAGAGAAAACUUACUUGAGAAAGUAUCCUCUAAAAAGGACGAUUUAGUAGUAGCGGAAUUUAUAAGCGAUAGUAAUGGAGAUAAAUUAGAAACUGAAACUAGAAAUUUUAAAAUUUUGAAAAAAGAUAAAGAAUUUGACAUCAAUAGGAUAGAUGAUUUUGAAUACUUCAUACUGACAGAGAUAGAGAAAGCUGUGAAAUAUUCCGAACAAAAUAUCUUACAAAAGUAUGAAGAUACAAGCGAUGAAUCGAAAAAUGUUAUAAAGAAAAGUAAGAAAAAUAUAAACGCUGCUAAAUCCAACGAAAUUAGUUCGCUUCAAAAUCAACACAAAGAGAAAAAUAAGAUUCCAGAUUCCUUUCAGGAAGAGAUGAACUCUUUACGAACAGUAACAGAAAUGGCGAAUACAAAACUUGAAGAAAUGGUCGUUAAAGACAAGCAGAAAAAAAUAUUCCAUUCUGCAGACUCUGUACCGGACGAUACUACCAAAUUACAUGUUUCUGAUAUGCCUAAAAUGCCUAAAACUAUGGACAUUUCCAAUAUAAGAACAGCUUUUUCUAAUAAGAGACAUGCUUUAUUGCAAGAAGUUCAGAACGAUGUUACUGAUGCACAGCGUAAUGAUAAAACUGAUUUGAGGACAAAAUCGUCUAGUCGGAAAAAUUUAAUUGAAAAUACAAUUAUACCUACUGAUUCAAUGGAAGAGUUUCAAAAAUUUGUAUGGGUUAUCAACGGAAAGAAAGACUUUGUGCAAAAGAAGUCGCAGAUUUCAGACACGCGAUGCAGUAUUGCAGAACCAAGCCAAUUAAAGUAUGAGAAAAAAUACACAGAUAAAGACAAAAAUAAGGAAGAUAAACUAAACACACAGUCACAUACAGUCAAACAUAUCGAUGAUGAAUUAUAACAAUAGUUCUUGAGAUUUAGGUUUAAUUAAUUAAUUAUUAUGCAGAGAAAAAAAGGAAAGAUAUCUAACAGUCAAGACUACCUAUAUUACAAUUGAUAUUUUUGCAUUGUGAUUCAGAUUGUGCGUGCAGUGAACUUUAUUAAUUUUUACACACAAUAUAUUCUGGGGAGGGGGGAGGAACAAUUCUAGUUAUUUAAUGAUACAAAAUAAGAUUGUCAGAUUAUAACAUAUUGUACUCUAAUUCUAUAGGGAAUCUGUGGAUUCUUAAACUGGUGCUUACAAAACUAUUUUAAUUUGUUAUUUGAAGAAAAACACUGAGAUGUUAUUACAGAAUGUAUAAUAUAUACCACAUGGACGUUAGCCCCUGUGACAUGUAUGUGUUAAAGUGGUUGUGAAUUAUGCUAAACGUACGCAAUAACGGCAAAUAUUCUUUCUUCCAUGGAAAUAGGUUUAUGUCGCGAUAAAUCUAUUCUAUGAUUUGUAUUAUAUGACUGUAUUAUACAACUGUAAAUCUAAGAAAGAGUACUAAUAUUUCUGUGAUGCAAAAGUGUCACGACGGCAAAUAUAUUACAAAUCGAAAUAGAUAGAGUCACAUAAAUAUCCUUCUUUUGACACUACCAUUUUAUUUCAGAAAUGUGCCAUGGUUUAUAAUACUAUGUAUGUCCUCUAUAUAUUGCACUAUGUAAAAUAAUGUUUAGUGUAAACAUAAACAUAUGCUUAAAACAGUUUCUAUUUAAUUUGUUAUCAGGAUUUUCUCAAGUUCUUUUCUUAUAUAUAAUUGUAAUAAGUUUUCCUCUCUGUUGUUUACGUUAACGCGAUAUGAAGAACUAAUGAACGCAUUAAUUAACAUUUUAUUCCAAGUAGCACAAUACGGAUUGAAUUUUUUGUCAGUCUCAUAUUGCUCUAAAUUGUUAUAUAAAUUAUAAUUUUGUAUGGAAUUUUGCUAUAAAUAUUGGAUAUUUUUAACUUUCAAAUAAGAUAUUUAAAUAUAUAUUUAAUAUUAAGCUAUAAACGAUUAUAUAUGUCAAAUAUAAAAUAGAUAUACAUAUUCAAAAAUGUAGUUAGUUAGGAAAUCCAUAAGAUAAGAUAUGUUUUAAAUGUACAUAAUGUAUUCAGAAAAAUAUUAAUGUAUAUAUGAUAUGUAAAAAUAUGUUAUAUAAAGUGAACUUUGUUAUGAUGUUACAAAUGGUCAAGAAAUUUGGUCUUCUAUUAACUCUCAGCUUUAUAUACUUUUCUUGUAAAUUUGUACACCAGUUAUGUAUUACUACAUUCUGAGAAGAAUGUAGCAAUUGAUUGAUGUCUUGUAAUGCCAUAAGAAAUUGUUUGAUAAUAUGUCACAUAAUAUAUGUAAGCUAAAAAUAAUAUGUUCGCAAUUACAUUGAUUUUGAUACCGC